AAUCCGUAGUUUCACUUUUUCUUUUGUUUCAUUAUCAAAGAAACAGUGUGUUGUUUAGUGCUAUUUGAUGGAAUGAUAAGUUCUAAAAUCACAUUUUCAUCAACUUCUGUUUGGAAAGAGGAUAUGACUAACUGAAAUCUCAAUCGUCACUCGAAAUUGUUGUGAUAUUUUGCUAUGGUCGUGAAAAUUGUUCCAAUAAUUGUGUUUGCUAUAAGAAAUUUGAUUAUUAAUACAUACGACAUGUGAAAGGGCGAUGAACUAGAUUUCUCCUAGACGUUUCACCGCACAAGAAGCAAUAUGCAGCCGCAAUCUUUAACGUUUGUUUAUAUAUUCCAUGGAGACGCUUAUCGUAUGAAGAAUGAAAGGGAACACGAAUGGAAUUUGUACGGCUUAUGGACGCAUUCAUCGUCGCCUGUUGUUCAAUAUGUCUGUAAAGAUUUAGAUGAUCAGGCUAAAGAUUUUUGCCUCGAGUUGUUGGGAAGAUGUAAGCCAAAAGGGCAAAGAUUGAGAACUGACCAUGAUAGAUGGUUACACAUCGUUAAUGACGGUGAAACAUUACAAGCUGUUAUUCAAAAUCCAAGACAUGUACAAAUACCUUGCUCCAUUAAGGAACUUCAAGGAGAAAGCCCCUUUUCUUUUGUUGUGAAAGGUUCCAGAAGACACCACAAUAACCAACCGCGUCCCACAAACACACACGUUUCAUCUGACAGGCAACCACGUGAGUCACAAGGAGAAGAAGCCUCCAGUCAACUUAGUGGGAACAGAUCUUCACAGUGGUACACGACACCAGUCGGACGUGAAAUUCUCAAAGGCAUCCAUGACUGCAUUUCCUCGUUAGUACGCAGCUCCAGUGAGAUAAUAAUAAGUCGUGAAAGUGGAAAUCAUAACUUACAGCUAAAGAUCAAGCAUAACAGCAAAUCAUUUACCAUUUAUUUCCCUAAAGAUUUUCCUCAAAGCUCAGCGACCAUUUUCCAUAGUGAUACUAUAUCAAACGAAAGAGAAGUUCCUUAUGGUGUAAGGAGUAAGAAUGAUAUCAUACGUGCAAUAAGGUAUUCUUGUGGAUGUUCAGGGUGUAGAUCCGCCAUCUGGGGAUUUGAAAGGAAAGGAUUGAGAAGGUGAUGAAGAUUGUCGUUCAUUAAGUUGGUAAAAGUUGCUAUAGGUCUUAUUGUUGUUUAACGUUCUGUUUGUUUUUGUUAAAUGAUUUGAAAAUAUAGUUUUAUUUUAUUUUUA